GCCUUAGUUUAUCUCUCACACACUAUUAUAUGUCUCAAUAAUACAAAUCUCUCUGUCUCUGAAAAUGUGUGGAGGUGCAAUCAUCUCUGAUUUCAUAGAUGAAUACCCUAACCGUGGCCGGAGAUUAACCACUGGUGACCUCUGCUAUGACCUUGAUACUCUCUCCGACGUCUUCACUUCUUCUUCCACUCACCAACCACCCUCUUUCCACUUUGAUGAUGUAAUUCCAAUUCCAAACAACCAAGGGGUGGCAUCAUCAUGUGAGGAGAAGAAAAGAGUGAUGAUUGAAGUUGAAGAAAAAGGAAGCGAUGAGAAGAGUGGAGAGAGUGAGGAGGGUAUUAAGAAGGGUAAACGGGUUCGGAAGAAUUUGUACAGAGGAAUCAGACAAAGGCCAUGGGGAAAGUGGGCUGCUGAGAUCAGAGACCCACGUAAGGGUGUGCGUGUUUGGCUCGGAACCUUCAACACCGCCGAAGAAGCUGCUCAAGCUUACGACGAUGCUGCCAAGCGCAUCCGCGGAGACAAGGCCAAGCUCAACUUUCCCGACAAGCCCGAGCCCAGUGAGCCGGUGACGAUGAAGGCCCAGCCGGAUGAGGUGAAAUCAUUCGUGGGCUUGGACCCUGAGGCACAGGCUCAGGUGGUUAGUGGAGAGUGGGACUCGCUAUUCUACCCGGACCUGUGGAUGCUGGACGACGUGGUUAUGCCCAACCGUCGUCAUCAGUUGAUCUCCCAAGCAUUUCCAGAAUGAAACUUGGCUGAUGAUUAGCAGCCAUUGAUAUAUAUGUAUAAUUAUAAACUAUAGUAUAGUAUGUGUAGAUGUUUGUUUCUUCCUUCUCUUCUGUUUAGAGGUGGUGAGAAAGGUGAGGGCGUGAUUGCAUUUUGCAUACAAGUGGCCAAGUGGGAGUGUGUGUGGGGAAUGGUGUCAUUUUAUGGAGUCUGGUGAGGAAAGCUUGGGACAUGAUUGUGAUGUCGGUGCAUGUAUCGGAUCUAUGAUCUCUUCUAUAUGAGAAAAUAUAAUAUGUAAUGAUCUAUCGUACUAGUAACAUGUUACGAUUUCUGCAUGUUUUGGUUUUGGUUUGAAGGUAGAUCGGACACCAAAGUGAUUUUGUAUAUUUUAAUGCAGUAAUAAAGAAGUUAGAAUUUAUUA